CUUUAGGGCUACGCGCAUCAAGGCACCAAGACGUGAUCCGAGAUGCGCAGCAUUUCCGUCUUGGCUAUCAAUCAAUCCACGCGGGGAAGCGGAGAAGGAACGGAAAUGGUCCGCUCGCAACUAGGCCGACUUUGGGCAAAAAGCGCGGUGGAAAUGCGAUUGGAUUGCCACUUACCGUUGAUAGUAUCACCUUUGGCAGCUAUCUGGCUUUUAGACAUUUCUUCAAUCCCUGCUGAGAUCCAAGUUGACGGUCGUUUAGGUGCGUUGGAAAUACGCGAUUCCGAAGCUGCGGGGAACUAUCCGACCUUCUCCCGUUGCACUUUGCUGUGCGACCAAGAUCUCAAAAUGUCCGAAGCUCGGCAGAUACCCCGAGCCCGAAGAAAGACACGCAGCGGCUGUCUUCGUUGCAAGCAAAGAAAGAUCAAGUGCGAUGAGGCUUUGCCACACUGUAACCAAUGCACUCGUAGGGCAUUCGACUGCCCCGGAUACGUGCGACCACUCAAGUGGUCGUCUAAAUAUGAGGCGUGGAACAGCACUGAUGCUAGCAAGAAAAGCUCGAAGGACCUCAAUCGCAGCGAGCGCGACCUCACAAAUAACAUAGACGCCUCUGAGAACGAUCUAUCACAAACCUCUAGAAAGCUCGGCUAUAUUGGGAACCUAUCUCUUUUAGAGAGAGGGCAUUUCCCUGAAUCAACCUAUCAAAAUGAUACUACCGAAAGUGUUUCCAUUGAGGACGACUUCAAUUUGGACUCAGAUAAGCUUCUGGGGCCUUUGCCUUUCUCAAGGCCAAGCAUCGACGAGUUCUUUUUCGAUACCAUCUCACAGAACCAAGCCCAAGAUACAGCAGGCCUUUGGGAUGAUUUACUGAUUCCGCCACCCCAAAUCGCCGAAGACCAGAGUACACGGCUCUCCCGUUACUACUUUUCGAGUAUCUGCCGCAUCAAUUGUUGUUUUGACUCAUCCAAAAAUCCUUUUCGGGUAUGGGUGGCCGAAUUGAUGCACUCCUGUCCGCCACUGUACCAUUGCAUACUAUCCAUGUCGGCAUCGCACUUGGUUGCCAAGCAACAAAAGGAUCUAUUACCCAUUGCUUUAGAGCACAGGGCAAAGGCUGUAUCAAAGCUAAGCACGGAAAUGCUCAGUAUUGACGUAAAUUCCGGCUUGAAGUCCUAUCCUUCUUUUGAGGUUAUAUCUCGAGCACUACUUGUAUGCAUAUUAUUGGGCAUGACUGAUAGCUGGCACAAUCCGUCCGUCUUGGGCAUCACGCAUCUUCACGGGGCACGUCUAUUGUACAAGAGAUGGCUCAUUGGAGCCAACGACUCGUUCGACACCCCUGCGGGCCAACACAAACUGUCCCACGUGAAAGUUUCCUAG